UCCUCUCUUAGCUGAUAAACGUUACCUACUUUGUUAAUGUAUUGAUAAAGUGUCAAACGUUGUGAGGGUGGAAGCUUUUUGGGUAGGUGGAGGUCUUAUCCUUGAAGCAAAAAAACAAAAAGCUUUUAUUUUUCUCUCUUCUUCUCUUCAUUGCCUUCUGGGAAAGUUUCAGAAUUUGGGUUUUGAGGAGGGUCAAGAAUUGGGUUGCAUAGCUAUAUUUUGGAGAUCAUUUGGGAGGGUUGGGUUUGGUUGGCGAGAUGGGUUCAUAUGGAAAACUUGCAAAGAGGGCUGUGGAGACUGAGAUGCCGAUCAUGGUUCAGAUACAACAAUUGGUUCGAGGAGCCAAGAAUGCUGUGUCACUGGCCCAGGGAGUAGUUCACUGGCAACCACCCAAACAGGCUUUGGAUAAGGUGAAAGAACUUGUAUGGGAGCCUUCAAUUAGUCGUUACGGUGCUGAUGAAGGUAUACUUGAACUCAGGGAGGCAUUGGUAAAAAAGUUGCAUAAUGAAAAUAAGUUGUACAAAUCUUCAGUGAUGGUUACUUCAGGUGCAAAUCAGGCAUUUGUGAACCUUGUUCUUACAUUGUGUGAUUCCGGGGACUCUGUGGUUAUGUUUGCACCAUACUACUUCAAUGCCUACAUGUCCUUCCAGAUGACCGGCGUCACUAAUAUAUUGGUGGGUCCUGGCCACCCAGAGACACUUUACCCAGAUGCAGACUGGUUGGAGAAAACGUUAUCGGAAACAAAACCAACCCCAAAACUUGUUACGGUUGUUAAUCCUGGCAACCCAAGUGGAACCUAUAUUCCGGACCCUCUUCUUAAGAGGAUUUCAGAUAUUUGUAGAGACGCUGGAUCAUGGCUUGUUGUGGAUAAUACAUACGAGUAUUUUAUGUAUGAUGAUUUGAAACACACAUGUGUGGAGGGAAAUCACAUAGUAAACAUUUUUUCCUUCUCGAAAGCUUAUGGGAUGAUGGGAUGGCGAGUUGGAUAUGUAAGAAAUACUUUUUAUCUCUUAUGCUUGUUAAGUUGAUAGAGCUGGUUUGAAAACGAAUGUGAGUUUUGCUUCAUUCAGUAGGGUAUAGAGCUUGCAUCUUGCUAGCUGAUAAUUACCUUCAAGUUUCUUUUGGUAGUGUAUUCCGACAAAGAAAAUCAGCUAAAUCAACAAGAUUCAAAAGGUCAUUUAUGGGCAAUCACCUUAUCAAAUAGCCAUUUAACCAAUCAAAUAUUUUUGACAUUUCCUUGCAUGAACAUGAGUCAUAGAAGUUUUGAUCGAUAUC